CAGUUGCUGCCACCACAACCACUCCUGCUAAAAUAUCUACCACAUCUGGUCCCACAACACCAAUAGAAGCUGUCACAACAAUUUCAUUAACCCCCACAACACCAGCUGUUCAAACAACAACAUCACCUGAUCUCACAUCAAUGUCAACUACACCCAUCAACACAGGGGCUACCACAACAACAGGUUCUCCAACAGAAACAACAUCUGUUACCUCAAUGACCACAACAGCUCUACCAACAACAACAACGUUGGGAACAACAGUUUUUACAGAAACAGCAACCACACCUGCUGAUAUGACUACCACAUCUGGUCCCAUAACAACAUCAGCUGCUGUCACAACAAUUUCAGCAAAUCCCACAACAACAUCUGUUGCAACAACAACAUCACUUGAUGUCACAACAACUUCUGCUACUCCCUCAACAACAGAGUCUGAAACAACAACAACAGUUGCUGCCACAGCAACCACUCCUGCUAAAAUAUCUACCACAUCUGGUCCCACAACACCAACAGAAGCUGUCACAACAAUUUCAUUAACCCCCACAACACCAGCUGUUCAAACAACAACAUCACCUGAUCUCACAUCAAUGUCAUCUACACCCAUCAACACAGGGGCUACCACAACAACAGGUUCUCCAACAGAAACCACAUCUGUUACCUCAAUGACCACAACAGCUCUACCAACAACAACAACGUUGGGAACAACAGUUUUUACAGAAACAGCAACCACACCUGCUGAUAUGACUACCACAUCUGGUCCCAUAACCACAUCAGCUUCUGUCACAAAAAUUUCAGAAAAUCCCACAACAACAUCUGUUGCAACAACAACAUCACUUGAUGUCACAACAAUUUCUUCUACUCCCACAACAACAGAGUCUGGAGUAACAACAACAGUUGCUGCCACAACAACCACUCCUGCUAAAAUAUCUACCACAUCUGGUCCCACAACACCAACAGAAGCUGUCACAACAAUUUCAUUAACCCCCACAACACCAGCUGUUCAAACAACAACAUCACCUGAUCUCACAUCAAUGUCAACUACACCCAUCAACACAGGGGCUACCACAACAACAGGUUCUCCAACAGAAACCACAUCUGUUCCCUCAAUGACCACAACAGCUCUACCAACAACAACAGCGUUUGGAACAACAGGUUUUACAGAAACAGCAUCCACACCUGCUGAUAUGACUACCACAUCUGGUCCCAUAUCCACAUCAGCAGCUAGUCUGGAGUAA